CGCGGUGAACUACAGCCGGAACUGGAGGCGGAUCCAGUCUGACCCGUCUGUCUGUUACUGUGGACUGUAGAUAGAAGCACUAAUGAAGAUGCCAGAGUCGCAUCGGUUAUGUGUCCUGCUCUUUGUGUUAGUUUUCCGUCUCGGGACAGCAGCAGAGGUCUCAGUAUGGAGCGUGGAGAUCAACUCGACACAGGAAGUUGUGUUUCGAAAGACGCUCUAUGCCAACACCACCAUCUUCAUGAAGUUCCAGGGUGACACAGCGUUAUGUGAUAGGAACCUGGCCUUCAACAUCAGCUGGUACCUGCGCUCCUCUGUUUGCUACAAUGAGGUCUUUAACACACCAGACAACAAAGCGAUGAACAUGUUUGGUAUGGACCACAUGUUGAAAGACGGCUGGAAUGGCUUCUACAGUCAGGGCUACAUGUACUUCGACAACUGCUCCUCCCUCUUCUCACCGAAGGUGUAUUACACAGACUACAACCCAUAUCAGCCCCUCACUAGCCCAAAGAGUGACCCAUCGAAUCAGAGCCUUGUUUGGCCCGACAAGCCAAACAUCAGUGCGGUGGCCAAAUCUUGGGAGGACAGUCCAUACCUGUUCAUAGUGAAGGUGCAUCCUGUGUACCGCGGAGUCGAGGACGAAGACAUCGGGGCGGAGCAGGUCAACUUUGCUUUCACAAUGAAAGUGGAGAUGAGAGGACCACAUGACUUCUCUUCUCCAGCAGACUGGCCCCUGAUGAUGUUCUUUAUGAUCAUGUGCAUCGUGUACGUGCUGUUCGGGGCUCUCUGGCUCUUCUGGUGUGCCUGCUACUGGAGGGAUCUGCUGCGGAUCCAGUUCUGGAUUGGCGCCGUCAUCAUCCUCGGCAUGCUGGAAAAAGCGGUGUUUUACUCUGAAUACCAGAGCAUCCGUUACAAAGGAGACUUCGUUCAAGGUGCUGUGAUUUUUGCUGAGCUGCUCUCUGCACUCAAAAGAUCUCUAGCCCGGAUCCUGGUCCUCAUUGUCAGUCUUGGUUACGGCAUAGUCAAGCCCAGGUUGGGUACCACGGUGCACCGACUGGUAGCUGUCGGGCUUCUCUACCUGCUCUUCUCCUCUGUGGAAGGUGUGCUGAGAGUGACGGGUGGUUUCUACGGGACGGUCGCCUUGGUGGCUAAUCUCAGCCUCUCCCUUAUUGACUCCUGCGUCAUGUGGUGGAUUUUCAUCAGUCUGUCUCAAACCACUCGUCUCCUGAAGCUCCGCAGAAAUAUAGUGAAACUCUCUUUGUAUCAGCACUUCACCAACACUCUCAUCUUCUCUGUGGUCGCUUCCAUCAUAUUCAUCAUCUGGACCACCAAAGUCUUCAAGCUGGUAGACUGCCAGACGGGUUGGAGGGACUUGUGGGUAGACGAUGCCUUCUGGCGUCUCCUGUUCUCCACCAUUCUGCUGGUUAUCAUGGUGCUGCUGCGGCCGUCUGCUAACAGCCAGAGGUUCUCCCAUUCUCCUCUGAUUGAUGAAGAAGAUGACGAGGAAGAGGCCAAGGAGCCAAUGCUGAAUGAAGCUUUGGAGGGAAUGAAGAUGAGAGGCUCAAAGCCUGACUCUAAUGGCUCCCAGAAACUGUUGAGUAAAGAGGAUGAAGACCUAAAAUGGGUUGAGGAGAACAUUCCUACAACUGUUGCUGAUGUAGCUCUCCCUGUAAUGCUGGAUGAAGAAGAGGAAAUCAUGAAAACCAAGAUGGAGAGAUCCAAAAUGGAGUAGAAGUAAAUGCAAGAAGAUGAUGUGAGAAUGAAAAAGAAAGCAAUUUCACUGAGGCAGCAACGAAUGCGUUCUGAGUGAUCUGAUUACCAAAAAAAAAAAAAUGUGGGCAAAGCCAACUGUUCUCUCCAGACACUUUACAUUUUUAAUUUUGUUUCACAGCUAUUGUGUAACACCGUAAUAAGCUCAAAAGAAGCACGAAUAGUGUGUUUAUAUUAAGGCAGUAUCGUGCAACCCAUAGUUGGAUGGGUUUGGCUUUUAAUGUCACGAUCAGCAUUCUGGACAUGGGGCUGUAACUGAAGCAAUAACACACCAGAGCACUUUGAUAAAUAUUUUAUUUGUUUCAAAGAUGUUUCAAAGAUGUUUCUCCGAUGUCCCGAACUUGGCUAAAAUCAAGCAGAAACUGGGCAUUUUACACUAAAUAGAAUAUUUAUCAAAAUCAUGUCUUAUGGUUUUACACUAAAACAAUAUUUAACAUUUGAGAGAAGUUUCCCCACCUGCUUCAAAUUUGUGGGACUGUGAGGAUUGAUCUUGAAACAUGUUCAGGUACAAAUCCUGAUGAUGAUGAUUUGGCGGUUGUCUCAGCCAAGAAAUCAGAUGAUUGUACGAAUGGAGGCGAAAACACAUGCUGAAAACAGCAAGUUAUUGUGCACAAUAUUAUUAUAUAUAAGUCACUACAGCGUCGGACACUUGAACUCAAGGUUAUCUUCAACUAAAUGUAAAAAAGAAAUGUCUGUUUUCAGCAGGUGUUUUAUUGCGUUACGUAUUUAAUGGGUCACUUAAUAUUUGAAUGAGCAGGCAACUGUUUGGUAUGAUUAACCAUUUAGCCAGAUAACUAAAAACAAUUUGUUUUAAUUAGGGCUGUCAAAGUUAACGCGAAACCUUUUCAUUGCCAUUCUGUUGCUAGGGCAACAGCUUUGUUCCAAGUUUACUUCCUGUCAGCUACUGCAUUAACAAACAUUGCAACAGGUAAUACAAAGGGGCCCAUUUAGAAGGUUUAUGUUGUAAAAUUUGAAAAGGUUUAUAUGUUUGUCUUAUGACUGAGUAACACUAAAAAUAAAUAACUUAUGUUACUCUAUGUAAACACGGCUGCAUCAGUGAAUAUUGAUACUUGAAGCAUAUCACAGUUGUCAGGGUAAAACAUGCUACAUUUGUGUUUUGAGGGGAUAAUUGUGUUAACUAGAAGACAUCGUUUUCUGGGCUGGGAGAAUGUAACGAACCUCUUGGUCGUGAAACUAUAAACUAUCGUAAACACAGUGUCAUCAGAAGUGUUCAUAUUGUACGCCCAAACGUUACACCAGAUCACUUCUCUUGAGAUGUCACCACUACACAGAACAGUUAAAGCAACUGAAAAUAUGACUCUAAUAUUGGUGAUUUUCAAGCUUUUACUGACGAAUGAAAGACUGCUUGGUCCUCAGCGAGGGGGGAAAUGUAUGACUCGUUUUCAAGCAAAGUAGUGGAGUCUUGAAUUAAGGAUGUUUAUUUUCAUCUCUAUAAAAAAGUAACAUUUUGUAGCUUCUCACAGUGAUUUAGGUCCACUUCAUGUCAGCAAAGUGAAAACUUUUUUUAGCUACUGAAUCACAGAAUCCAUUGAUAAGCCUCACGGAUGUGAUGUGGGCCUAAAUUCAAAUAUACAUGUGAUUUACUGUAUGUACAGUAUGUAAUCCUUUCUCACUCCCCCUCCACUAACUGGGCCAGUUUUGUUAAAGUCCUCACUCAAAUUCAUUAGCACAGGGUAGUUUAAAAAAAUAUUCUGUACAUGCUAAAUGAAUAAUUUUCAUUUCACCGCAAUUACAGAUUCCUUUGAGCUUAUCCCAUUCACACUGCAAAUAAUCUUGCCUUAUGUGGCAAAAUUAUAUCCCCGUCCGUGUGCAAUCUACUGCAGUAUGUGUGGAUAUUCUAAAUUCCUUAAUUUAUGUUUUUUUUAAUAUUUGUCCAGGUCUUGUUGAGGAUAUUUUAUUUUAGAGAGACACUAAAGCCCAAUUUCUGGAUGUGAGUCUGCAUUGUAAUGUGAAGCUGAUGAUAUUGUAUGGCUUUUUGCGUAUGUCCUGCGAAUAAAAUUUAUAUUAAAACAUG